AUGACUCUCAACUAUACUUCCCUCGACGCUAGCCGCAAAGAAAUUCGCCUCCUAACAAUUGAGCCCGAGGAAGACUACGAUAGCCAACUACGAGGAUCCUUUCAUGUUGUAUCUUUACUUGGCUCUUCGAAACUGGACUACAAGGCUCUUUCGUACGUCUGGGGAAACAGCCAAGAGCGACAAGAAAUUGUUGUCGAGGGAUGCGUGAUAUCUGUGACGUCGAACCUUGCAUCGUGCCUACGCGGAAUGCGUCAAGCUUUGCCAAAGGAGAGAUACGUGGUGUGGUGUGACUUUAUCUGCAUAAAUCAGACAGAUCCUGAUGAGAAGCAUCACCAGAUAAUGCUCAUGGGGGAAGUUUAUCGGUGCGCAGAAUAUGUGGUUGCGUGGCUGGGUAGCUUGACGCCGGACAUAAGUGCAGCAAUCAGGGCAUUUGCACGAAAGGAAGAGAAACACAUCAGUACUGGGCCAUCAUGGCUUUCCGAUGAAAAGACGUUAAGCGCCUCUAAAGUCACUCUUACUCAUGCGCAAAAAGAUGAACUCUCGAAGAUUCACGCCUGGGGUGGCACAGUCGAAAUCGUGAACUCGCCAUACUGGUCGCGAGUGUGGACCUUUCAGGAGUGGUUCUUGCCAAAGAAGCGGCCAGUCUGUCUUUGUGGUCAUAUUUUAUUUGACCUUUGGGAAGUACGUCCGCCCUUGCAAGAAUUUUUCGAUCUCAUGCUGCAGGAUGGAGAUGACGACGAAGCUAAGGACACAUACUCAGCCUAUUUGGACGACCUCCUGGAUCGUAUUUCUCAAAAUAUGAAAGCGAACUAUCCACUAGACCUCAUAAUGGCAGAUGAUGAAACUCGUAUCCCGUUAACCAAAGGCGAAUUCGACGUGGCCACUGUUUUGAGCAUGACUGCAAGUCGGGUCUGCAGCGAGCCUUUGGACAGGAUCUAUGCCUUGUAUGCAACAACGCCCUCGCUCUCGCACAAGUAUCCUCCCAAUUAUACGAAAUCUCUCUAUCAAGUCUUCUGGGAAACCACAGCUUUUUCCCUGAGCUCGGAACUAGGAACCGAUAUAUUCGCGGACUUUGGGCUCCUGAGAAACCCCGCGAGUCCGUCAUGGACCCUCGACUUUUCAGUCUCCAGCGAAGCAUACUCGACAGCUUGUGGGCAUAUGAACCUGAAAUAUGGAAUUGAUGAAUCUCUUUGGUUAGGGGGGAUGGCCGAGUUACCGCAAUUUGAUGAUAGAUUACGCGCUCUCCGUUUGCAUGCCAGAACAUUUGGCUUCGUUUCGUUGUUUGGUCCGAUAAUCCCAGAGUAUGGUAUAAAGGGCCUUCGGGAGCAGAGUCGCGAGAUUACAGAGGAACACGGAGGGACAAACUCAUCAAAACUGGUUAGAUACUUCUUGGACGUCAUUUACGACCUCUACGACGCAGCUUGUUUCUCCGAUGUCUCUAUUGAUCGAAGUGAGUUCGGUGUUAUGAUUGAGUAUACAGAUCUUUCUUCCUCCGUAGGGGAUGGUUUCAAUUCCGUGGUCAAAGAAGCGCUGAGCAAGGGAGGUACGAAAGACAAAUCAUUGUUCUUUCUGAAGGACCGAGACCAACACGUCAGUAUUGGGUUGGCGAGUGGAGCAAUUCGAGAUGGUGACAUGGUGGUUUCUGCAUACGGAAUUGAUCAGCUCUUUGUGGUAAGGCAAGAUUCUCAGGACUCAGCUACGGAUGAAGCCCCUUUCAAAAUUAUUGAUUUGGCAUUUAUUGCGGGGUUUGAAAAGCACAAGAGUUCCAAGGCUCCAAGGCGCUCUUUGGUUAGGACUUUCAAGGAUGUUGCGUGGAAAAAGAUAGUCGUCUAUUAA